AUGAAAGGAUGGACAAAAAGCUGGUUUGGAUUAUCAAAGAAAGCUGCUCCUCAUCAAAAUGAAGGCUUGCCGAAUUCUGAAAGUGGUCGAAGUCCUUUGACUGCGAAAACGAAUCAUUCUUUAGAAGAAAACACUGGAGCGAAAAAAGACAUGCUUUCAAAAGGCACAUUAAGAGAUAUGCAGAUGACUUCUGCUAGUCCAAAUAUAAAGGAAGAUAUUUUAAUGUCAGGCGAGCCCUCCGCACUUCAUAAUGAUGCAUCAAUUUACCCACAUCGUAAAAGUUCUGACAUUCUUCCUGAAGUAGAUCACGAACCUUCUGGCUAUUUGAAAUUGAAUAUUGAUUCGCUAAAAUUGGAAGGUAACCACACGGAUGCUGCCAUGGCAAUGGAAUGCACUUCUUUAAAGCAAUUUUUCCUCGUCAUUCAGUUUGGAACAUCUGAGUAUGUGUCUCCCCCAUUAAAAUGGAAAUCUUCCACUCGCGAUACCGCUAUUUCUAUCCCCUCUCGUGACUCUUCAGCAGCUGCCAGCCGAGCUUCUUCCAUGCUAAGCAAUUUUACCUAUAAUACUUCAAGCAUGAGUUAUUGCCCUACAUCCUCUACUCCUAACCCAUCAGCACCUUCUCAUGUUGUUUUUGACGUCGCAAACCGAUUACCUGUAGAAUUAAAUAUUUACGACCAUUCUCGUGGAAAUUGCUUCGUUGGUCAGACUUUGAUUCAUCCUUGUUAUAAUUACAAUCAAUAUGAGCAAUUCAGCAGUCCCGUAGAGGUCUCUCCUGCAUAUGCUCGAUUAGUUGACUUGCGUCUACAGCUAAGUUCCGUCUUUCAGCCACUUAUAAAAAAGUCAUAUGCCCCAGAAGAUUUUGAACCGCUUAAGCUGAUUGGAAAAGGAACCUUUGGACAAGUUUAUUUAGUAAGGAAAAAGGAUACUCGUCGCAUAUAUGCUAUGAAGAUUUUGUCCAAGAAAGUUAUCGUUCGCCGCAAAGAAGUUGCACAUACUAUAGGCGAACGAGAUAUCCUUGUUCAGACAGCAGCUGCAGAUUCGCCAUUCAUAGUUGCGCUUCGAUUUUCCUUUCAAACACCUAAAGACCUCUACCUUGUAACGGACUACAUGGCUGGUGGAGAAUUAUUUUGGCACCUCCAAAAAUCCAUUCGGUUUCCUGAAGCUCGUGCUAAAUUCUACAUUGCUGAACUUUUGUUAGCAUUGCAAGCGCUUCACAAACGCGGUAUUGUUUACAGAGACUUGAAACCGGAAAACAUACUUUUGGAUGUUCAAGGGCAUAUAGCGCUUUGUGAUUUUGGCUUGUCAAAAGCGAAUUUAACGGUGGGAUCAACCACGAGAACCUUUUGUGGUACUACGGAUUAUCUGGCUCCUGAAGUAAUCUUAGACGAAGGUGGAUAUGAUAUGAUGGUAGACUUCUGGUCUUUGGGUGUUUUGCUUUAUGAAAUGACAUGUGGGUGGAGUCCCUUUUAUGCUGAAAACACUCAGCAGUUGUACAAGAAUAUUGUAUUUGGAAAAGUUCGUUUUCCUCGUGGAUUACUUUCAGCUGAAGCAAGAGAUCUAAUAAAACUAUUACUCAACCGCAAUUCCAAGAACAGACUUGGGGCUAAUGGGGAUGCUGAAGAAGUGAAAAGACAUGUAUUUUUUGGUGAUAUAAACUGGGAAGAACUAAAUGCAAAGAAACUCAGUCCUCCGUUUAAGCCUAUCGUUGAAGGAGAUUAUGAUGUCUCAAACUUUGACGUUGAAUUUACCAACAAAGAUGUUCCGACAGAUUUUAUCGCUGUUGGUGACAUGUCUACGUCUGCUCCUCUCUCUUCGACGGUUCAAAAUGGAUUUAAAGGCUUUACUUAUGUUGAUAGCAGUGCAAUGGAUGAGGCUUAUAAUUCCGAGCCAGAAUCCCCGACUUCUUCAGCAUCUUCAUUUCACAUUGAUAGCCAUAAUGAAGAUUUUAACCGCACGAACGACGAUUUUUUCAUGGAACAUAUUGAUCCUUAA